CUUUCCUGAUAAAUUUCGCCCAGUCUCUGUUCAACGUCUCCAUCUCUCUCCCAAUAUUUCGCAUACGUCAAGUUACCAUCGAGCUUCCUGAGACCAUGUCAGCCCAUAGCGAGAACACUACCCUGACACAAGAAAUUGCUGCCAAAACAGAACAAAUUGCAAUCGAAUCCACACGAGGUGCCGAAGACGCCGCAGAGAAGGUGGGCGCCAUUACAUCCGCAACCAUAGACUCAGUUUUCCAAACCUUGCACUUCGAGCAACUCCCAGCAUGGAUGCAAACGGAUCCGCAUAUCCAGCGGGGAUAUCGAAAAUCUACAGGAGCUAUCAACGACUGUCUACACUCACUCUGGUAUCCACAUAAUGAAUUGGUCAAUACAUGGUCACACCUGCUUCCUGCGACUUUUUUCCUGGCGCUGUUGGUUGGGGCGGAUUACUUGCAGCUCAAAGACUUAAAGGGGAGAAAUGGAGGAAUGAAGUGGAGCGACCUGGCGAUGAUGCAGUUUUAUUUUGCGUGUACGGCACUAUGCCUGCUUUUCUCGGCUACUUUCCACGGGAUGAACUCCCAUUCCUUUGAGAUGGCGCGCCGUACGCUCAAACUGGACUACCUCGGGAUCGUACUAACCAUAAGCUCGACGUGUAUUACUUCCACAUAUUUCGGACUUUAUGGCAAUCCACGCUUACAGGCUAUGUACAUAUCUGUUACCGUUCUGUGUGGGACUACUGUGUUCUGGAUGGUUCUCAGGCCUGAUGCAGACGGUCCCAAGGCGGCAGCAUGGAGGGCUGCAGUUUUCACAACAUUGGGGGCCAGCGGUUUUGGAGCCAUUGUUCACGCUGGAUUGAAAGGGGGGGUUGAGGCGCUCAAGAUGUUUCCUUUGCUGAACAUCGCGGUGACGUGCUCAUGUUAUCUGUUAGGGCGCCAGCCAUCAACUCUUCCAUAUCUCGGUGGCUAUUGGGCAGAUUGUGUUCCUCUACGGACUGAAAGAUGUCCUCCAGCUACACUAUUAGCGAAGCAGGCCGACUGUAUUCUGUACCCCAAGUGUUGCUGUGUUCAAAUGUUGACAAAGAUAUUUCGCGCCCAGCAUCUCAUCGACUUCGCGCCAUUCCUGUCUUCAGAUCCCGUCAAGAAGAAGGAGACUGCACAAGCUGUUCUGGAGGGCUUCCAAGGUGCCGGCUUCAUCUACCUUAAGAAUCACGGUAUCCCCGAAGCGACCGUCUCUGAUGUCUUCGCCAACUCUGCCAAGUUCUUUGCGCGUCCCCAGGCGCAAAAGGACGCGCUCUCCUGGUAUUCGCCCGAGGCCAAUCGCGGAUACAGCGCAGCCGGACGUGAAAAGGUUACAGAUCUGGAAGAAUUGGAUGAUGUGGGAAAACUAAGGGAAGCGGUGCCAGAUUUGAAGGAAUCGCUGGAAAUCGGGAGGGAGGGAGAGGAAGGCAUGCCGAAUAUGUGGCCGGCGGUGGAGGGUGAUAACGAUGCGAAAGUGUUCAAGGAGGUGAUGCUGAAGUUUCACGAUACUUGCAAGGCACUGCACAUGCAAUUAAUGCGCGCUAUAGCCUUGGGUAUGGGUAUCGACGAGCAAUGGUUCGACAGCUUUACUGACCGCGGCGACAACACCCUUCGCCUUCUCCACUAUCCCGGAGUACCCAAAUCGGUCUUCAAGAGGCAGGAUGGUCAAUUACAGGUUCGUGCGGGCGAGCACAGCGAUUACGGCUCUGCGACUCUUCUUUUCCAAGAUUCUCGAGGUGGAUUACAAGUUCGCUCCCCCAAGGGGACUUUCGUUAAUGCGACCCCGAUACCCGGCGCUAUCGUUGUGAAUGCGGGUGACCUGCUCGCCCGCUGGUCAAAUGAUACUAUCAAGUCAACCAAGCACAGGGUAGUAGAGCCACCUCCAAAGAAGGACGACGGCGAUGGUUCGGACUCGUAUCCUCCCCGGUACUCCGUCGCAUACUUUUGUAAUCCCAAUUUCGACCGCACAAUAGAAGCUAUUCCAGGGACCUACGAGAAGACUGGGAAAAAAUACCCCGCCGUCACGAGCGGCGAAUAUCUGGUUAAAAGGUUAACCAGCACGUAUUGA